AAAUACACUAUACUAUAAUCAAUAGGCAUACACACGCAGUAAAGCAAUAAUAACAGACAACCAUUAAAAUAAGCAGAUGUAAUUUUUUAGUGCCGGAGUGUUUUGUUUAUAAAAAAAAUGUACAUAAUUUGUGAAAAAUUGAGUGUUGGUUAAUGCAAUGAAAAUGCAUAUUUAACACUGCUCUGCUGCUAACAUAAAACGACGCCAGCUGAGACGCCGACUGCACAAAGUCUAAGUUGAAUAAUAUCUCAAGGUCUUUUUGCUGUGGUGCGUGGAACUGAAAGGGAAAAUCAAGUAGAGAGGCAAGCGGCGCAAAACUGGUUGAGGCAUGAGCUGGCCGAGGCGACACUCGAAUUGGACGUCGUCUCAAUGGAUCAGCCAACAACAGCAGUGAGAGGAUGCGGCACCACCAACAACACCAUCAGCAACAACAACAGCAGCAGCAAGAAGGGCAACUAGUUGAGCAACAACAUCGUAUGAGACAGAGACAGAGAGAGCGACUGCUCCACAUAUGUGCCAACCAACCAUAACAGUAGUAAUAACAACAACAAAAAACCAACAACAACAGCAGCAGCAAACUAAUUAAUAACGAUUCACGCUUGAAGUCAAGAGAAAGAGAAGUGAGCCGACGCGUGUCUAACGAUAAGUCUGAUAAGAAAAGUUAUACAUUUUACCAUAGGGCAACAACAACUCAACAAACAAACCAGCAAAUAAUAUUAACAUAUCGUCGCACACCUUAACAGAAUGCUCGCAACUUAACAUAGCCAAGAGCAGUUUACAUUUUUAGCAGCACCAACAUUCUCACACAAUUUCGUAGACGGACAAAAGCUGAUUGCUCUACCAGCUGACUGACAGUUACAAAUCAAAUUUGUCACACGCAACCUAAGUAAACAAAUACUAAAAAAAAGGGAAACAUGUCAUUUCAAACAUUCACACGCAAAAUGCGGGGACGCAUGCGCUCCAACACCUGUCGCAUUGUGCUGCUCACAUCUUUGGUCUGGGUGAUCUUUGACUUUGUGCUCAUUGCUCACUACUCGGACUGCAUAGGCAAGGAUGGCUGGCGCUGUAAACGAGCCGGCGAAUACGAUGUGGAGUUGCCCAAUGCUGAGCGUUUGGUCGAUGAUAACCAGCUGGUGGAUGACAAUGAAAUCAAUACAGAAAAAUCUCUGGAUGGUGAUAGCGCUGGCGUUGCACCCAUCAUGGGCCAGGGCUUUGCUUCGGGCGGCAUCUCGAUGACAUAUCGCAGCAUCUUGCUCAAGAAAUGGUUCCAAGCGCCCACAGUACGCGAAGCGAAGGGUAAACCGGGCGAGAUGGGGAAACCCGUCAAAAUACCCGCCGACAUGAAGGAUCUCAUGAAGGAGAAGUUCAAGGAGAAUCAAUUUAAUCUACUGGCCAGUGAUAUGAUCUCAUUGAAUCGCUCGCUCACUGAUGUGCGGCACGAUAACUGCCGUCACAAACAUUAUCCCUCAAAGCUGCCCACCACCUCCAUUGUGAUAGUCUUCCAUAACGAGGCAUGGACGACGCUGCUGCGCACCGUGUGGAGUGUCAUUAAUCGUUCGCCACGCUCCCUGCUCAAGGAGAUCAUCCUCGUCGACGAUGCCAGCGAAAGAGAUUUCCUGGGCAAACAGCUGGAGGAUUAUGUGGCUCAACUGCCAGUUCGCACAUUCGUGCUGCGCACCGAGAAGCGUUCUGGCCUGAUACGUGCUCGUCUGCUUGGCGCCGAACAUGUGACCGGUGAGGUCAUCACCUUCCUGGACGCCCAUUGUGAGUGCACCGAGGGCUGGCUGGAGCCGCUGCUGGCGCGCAUUGUUCAGAAUCGUCGCACAGUUGUGUGUCCCAUCAUUGAUGUCAUCUCGGAUGAGACAUUCGAAUACAUUACCGCUUCGGACUCCACGUGGGGUGGCUUCAACUGGAAGCUCAACUUCAGAUGGUAUCGUGUGCCCCAGCGUGAGAUGGCGCGGAGAAACAAUGAUAGAACUGCGCCGCUAAGAACACCAACAAUGGCUGGAGGAUUGUUCUCGAUUGAUAAGGAUUACUUCUAUGAGAUUGGCUCCUACGACGAGGGCAUGGACAUUUGGGGCGGCGAGAAUCUGGAGAUGUCGUUUAGAAUAUGGCAAUGCGGAGGCAUUUUAGAAAUUAUACCCUGCUCGCAUGUGGGCCACGUUUUCCGCGACAAAUCGCCGUACACCUUCCCGGGCGGCGUGGCCAAAAUUGUGCUGCAUAAUGCGGCGCGGGUGGCCGAGGUUUGGCUGGACGAGUGGCGUGAUUUCUAUUAUGCAAUGAGCACAGGUGCUCGCAAAGCUUCCGCUGGUGAUGUUAGCGAUCGUAAGAAUCUGCGCGAUCGUCUCAAGUGCAAAAGCUUCCGCUGGUAUCUGGAGAACGUCUAUCCCGAGAGCUUAAUGCCACUAGACUAUUAUUAUCUGGGCGAGAUUCGCAAUGCAGAAACGGAAACCUGCCUGGAUACCAUGGGUCGCAAGUACAAUGAGAAGGUUGGCAUUAGCUACUGCCACGGUCUUGGCGGCAAUCAGGUGUUUGCAUACACCAAGCGUCAGCAGAUCAUGUCCGAUGAUCUGUGCCUCGAUGCGUCCAGCUCGAAUGGUCCCGUCAACAUGGUGCGCUGCCACAACAUGGGCGGCAAUCAGGAAUGGGUCUACGAUGCGGAGGAGAAAUGGAUACGCCACACGAAUACGGGGCAGUGUUUGCAGCGUGCAACGCGGGAUGAUGCAAGCACACCGCUGCUGAGGCCCUGCAACUACACGAAGGGACAACAAUGGCUCAUGGAGUCCAAGUUCAAAUGGCAGGCGCACUAACAGACCCCAAGGAGUUACAAACCAACAAACAAAAAACCAAUCUACAACCUAAACUAACAACUGAGAACUUCCAAUUUGUGUUGAAACUGUUAACUAAGUUGCCAGCAGUAUAUGUUAAAAGAAAGGAGAAAGCAAAAGGAGCUGCUGAUUUAUAUUAGCAAGGAUUUUCAAGCAUUUUUCGUUUACACUUUAUGCAAUAUAAGUUGUUUAGCCUAAGCAGAUAGUUAUCCCAACUUUAUCUCUGUGUGUGCGAGCGCAUGUGUGAGUGUGUGUUGUGCGCUAUGUCUUCCCAAUUGAGUGAGUGAAUAUACACAUAUAUCUAUGUAUAUAUGUGUUAUAUGCGAGCGUGUGUGUUUUUAGUUUUAUGCAAAUCCUUUUGCAAUUGAAUAUAUUAUUGUAAUAUAUGUAUUUACCUAGCCUCGACCAAGUACCAAUAAAUUGGCAUUUAAAUGACAUUGUUCGCAACAACAAGAACACAAAACAAAACCCCCCUAAAAAAAUAAAACAGCAACUAUAAUUGUAACUAACAUGUGUCAUAGGAGAGUGUCGAAAUGUCGGCGAAAAGGCGUGUUCUGAAUUGCAAUGAGGAUAAAUGCCUCAUAGAGAUAUGUAUGUAUAUGAAAGAGUAUCUUGUACCCAGCACAUUCCCUUAGUUAAUACAAAAUUGAGUUGUGUUUUUUCUAUACAUUUAAUAUUUAAGCUUAAUUUGCUGCUUUUGGCAAAUUUACCCCUCUUAAAAAAAAAAAACUUUUUCGCUUUGUACCAAAUUUCGAGUUGAGUUGAGACCACAAAAACGGGCGCUGCAUAUCACAUGGAAAACAAAUGAAAAUUGCUUUGAAAACCAUAAUCAUUCUACAAAAUUCGUAAUAAAACAAUUGCACGCAUAUCAUAAUACAGUGUAAAAACUAAAAAAAAAAGAAA